AUGUCUACCACCGUGACGACAAACGCUCCGGCGGAGGCAGAGUAUGAAUACUUCUUCCGCGACGGGACGAUGAACAAUAGGCGGAAGAUCCUCCGCGGCGAGGAGGCCGUCGAAACGUUUGACGAGAUCCCGCUGGUCGAUGUCAGUGGCAUCUUCAGUGACAAAUAUGAAGAGCGUCUGCUUGCAGCCAAGAAGAUUGCCGAUGUGUGCAAGACCGUUGGCUUCAUGUACAUCAAGAACCACGGAAUAUCGCAAGAUUUGAUCGACAAGGUAUUCGAGCUUUCUCGCAAAUACCAUGCACAGCCCCUUGCCGUGAAGAAAGAGCAGGAUGUCUACAAGUCCCCGACGUUGCGAGGGUAUGAGAUCCAUUACACCAAAACGCCCGACGGCGAAGCAGUCAAGAAGGGAUCUUUCCUCUACAGCUACGAGCCCGAAAACGAUCCGCAACCGCCUUCUCUGACUCCUGAACAGCGCGAGCAAUGCAUUGGCAUCCACAAUCAGUGGCCGGCGCAAUUCCCAGAGUUCAAGACUACGUUGCUGCAAUACCAAGCUACACUUCUGACACUUGCCCGUGCCUUACUGCGAACGUUUGCCCUGGGACUUGGAGCUGAUGAGCAUUAUUUCGACUCGAUUGUUACUGCACCUUUCGUCUCGAUUAUUCUCCAAUACUAUCCGCCCAGAGCGCCCGGUUCCACGGACCUAGACGGUCUAGGCGCGCACAGCGAUUUCGAAACGUUUACCAUAUUGAACCAGGACAUGGUCGGAGGGCUGGAAAUCCUCAACAAAAACGGGAUUUAUGUCCCAGCCAAGCCCAUUCGGGGGACCUUUGUCGUGAACGUGGGAGACUUCCUACAAAGGAUCUCCAACGACACAUUCGUGUCGACUGUCCACCGAGUCCGCAAUGCGUCGGGGGUAGAACGCUACUCGAUUCCAUUCUUCUUCAGCUUCAACAUGGACGCUGCAGUGCCGGUGAGGGAGAGCGCAUGA